UGCUGCGUUCAGUGCGAUCGCAGACAUUGUGCAAAACGGUUCGCAUAGGCUGGGCGUUUUAGUGAUCGAAUCGGUCGGACUGGAAUUGGAAAUUGGAAGUGUUGGAGUAGCUGUAGAUCUUGCUGUUGUUGUAACUGUGUCAAGCCAAUUUUAAAUAUAUUUAAAAGGGCGUCACAAUCAAAAAGCGAAUAGUGCGAAGUGAUAAAUUAAUCAAUUUAUACAUAGAACACAAACGGCAUUGAGCUUUAUCAAUUUGCGUUUUCUACGGAGGCUCGACAUCUUUGUUUGCGCUCUUCUCCUCGCAUCGAUUCUGUGCAUACAUACGACAACAGCUAUGGAUAGCGUCAGAUCGUUUUUUGCUAACCCAAACAAAGACAACAAUAUCGGCAAUCAACAAAAUGGCGCUCAGGGACGCUGGAACAACUGGAAUAGGAACAUGCAGGCUCACACAGACCCCGGUUCGGUGAAUUCCACCAUCAGGAACCCAACAAGUAGCGAUGCCAAGCGCAAGGACAGUGAUAAUUACUUCUACAUAAUGUGGCGAGCUUGAGGACAACCCGGCAGAAGCAGCUGGUAAAACAACAGCAGAGCCAUAGCAUUAAGUUUACGUCUAAAGUGACCUGCAGCGGAUUUGUGCACACAUCUUAUUAGAGACAUCGGAAGCUGUAACCGACGUGUUUUUUUGCCGCGUUGCAUCAUCUUCAUACCCGGUGUUUAGUGAUAUUAGUUAUUUAUUUAAGUAUACAAUCUGAUUUAUUUACACAAACAUUCAACUUGAUUUGAUACCACAUUACGUAUACGUAUUGUCUGAUCGAAACUGGCAUUCUACUUGCAUUGUAUUGAAGUAUAAUCCUUGAAGCCCAUAUAUGGACCCGUUUACAGUUAUUGGCUUGAUUUACUGGCUGAUCUGCAUGAUAUUAUUUGGACCCAUGAUGUUCUUUGUCUGCGUUUACCUACCCGAAGUGCCAGUGCGAUAUGUGAAGAGUCUAAGGCAGUACACAUAGGCCUUAUACAUACACUCGCUCUCUGCUUAAUUUUGUAUACUACAUAUAGUCAAGUAUAUAGGUACUCAUUUGAUACACAAUUUAUACUGAUACUGAUACUGAUGUACUCCUAUAAUCAACACACCAUUGAACUCUCUACAAUAAAUACGUUCAUGUGGAAUUUA